ACUUGAUGCCAUGGCUGAAGGGAAACUAUCUGCUUCUCUUUUCUUCUUCCUCCUCCUCCUCUCCUUUUCAGUUGGGACUUUGAGAUUGGUUCAUGCACAGAAAACUUGGUGUGUGGCGAAGCCAUCGUCAAGCCAGGCGACGCUCUUGGAGAAUAUAAAUUUUUCGUGCUCGCAAGUGGACUGCGCGAUCCUGCAAAAGGGUGGCGCUUGUUAUACGCCAGAUAACGUAAUCAACCAUGCCUCCAUAGCCAUGAAUUUGUACUACCAGUCCAAAGGAAGAAACAAUUGGAACUGUCAGUUUAAAAACUCGGGUCUCAUUACAGUCAGCGACCCAAGUUACGGAGGCUGCCCAUACUUGUAGAUGAUCGGCAUGGAAGAAGUUAUAGAUGUUUUCUACUCGUUGGCGGGUGUAGUAACGAUAGAUUUACAAUGAGAAAUAGUUACUUAUUGACUGUGAUUGUCGUUUAUUGAAUCAAACUUUUUUGUUGACUGUACGUGUUCGAACCAGCUUGUGCACACCUCAACUAGUUCCAGUAUCCUAAAUAACAUCCAAGAAAAAUCACUAUUGAUUCAAAAUUCAUCUUGUGGUUUUCUGUUGUCAAUCCUCAUUAAAUG